AUGCAUUCAUCAGAAGAAGGAGGGCCUAAGCGCACGGCGCGCGCCUGCGAUUCUUGCUAUAAACGCAAGAUCAAAUGCGAUGCCGCCGUGCCGCAGUGCAACUGGUGUAGCCACCAUAACCUGCCGUGUACUUUUGAUCGGGUCAUUCAACGGAAGAGGAAGACGGGAAAUGAUGGAAAUCGGCCUAAAGCCUCGCGGCUGUCGGAGCGUAUCAGCCGCAUUGAACAGCUACUGGCAGAGAAUUUGAUACGAGAUUCAAGUCCUGCCCCACCAGAUCCAUCAGAGACCACCAAUGACUACUCAACACCCGGUAGCUCCCCGAGUACUGUCAGCAGCAACCCACCCCAGCUAUCAUAUUCACUGGGAGUUCACUUUGCUGGUCGAGAACUGGGUGUGAUUAGUCUUCUGACGGGAGUUCCGUUCCUUUUGCCUGAAGGGCAAGCUUGGAUCCAGUCCCGCACCGGACAGACCAUUGCCCGCAACAAGCUCAGUCCUAUGCCUGCGCCAUGGGAGAAAGAGCGCGCACAAGUUAAUAAAAAUUUGUUGAUGAGUCUGGCGAACCAGAACUUGUUCGACCCUCCCGACGAGCGUGUCGUACGCCUGUACUUUGAGGCCUACAGAAGCUCUGCUGUUUUCCGACGGCUCUUUCCGGUCAUCGACUGCGAUUUAUUCGAAGAGACUUUGCAAGCAGCUUACCAGCCACAGAGCGGAGGAUCACGAGAAACCAGUAGUCGAGCCUGCGUGACUGCUUUCCUCGCUUUUGUUUGCCGCCUGCCCACCGUCAAGGAGCUUGCCCAGGAGACUCCUGUUGAUCACGAAGCAUUAGCUGGAAAGUGUCAAUUUUUAAUAUCCCAAGUGUUGCAAGAACCAGCAACCCUGGAUGCCUUUCAGACUGUCACUAUGAUGACGCUAUAUGAGCUUGCUUCGGGAAAUAUGAGAGUGACAAAUUAUUUGGCAGCAGUAGCCGCACGCCAAAUUUUCAUGUUAGGGGCAAACGUCACCCAUCAUCGAACGUCUCCAACCAGUGAGCGCAGCCAAAAAUGCCAAAAGCAACUUCGCAAUCUCUUUUGGAUUUGCUAUACCCUGGACAAGGAUGUCGCCCUUCGCACCGGUCAACCACCUGUCAUCAUCGACGAAAAUUGUGAUUUGACCCUACCUGAAGGAUACACCGAUCGAGCCUACAAGGACCCGGAGAAGGAUGAACACUUGCUUUUGGAGCCUAUCUUUCCUUUUGAUUUGCGACUGAGCAUGAUCAAGUCUCGGACCCAAAGCCACUUAUAUUCGGUGAGCGCUAUGCAAAAGUCCGAUGCCGAUUUAUUGAAGUCCAUACGAGAACUGGAUGACGAGUUGGAGGCGUGGCGGCUAUCAAUUCCUCUGCAAUGGCGUCCAACCAUGUCGUUCUCGCAAGAGACCUCCGAUCCCAAUAUGAGCAUGCAUUCGGUCAUGUUGCGGGUCAACUACUAUCUCUUAAUGAGCGUCAUUCAUCAGGCGAGCAGUCGGUGCAAGGCGUGGAUGCAGGGCAGCGGGAUGAUGGAUGGGGUAAGCUCGAGUCUCGCGCUUUCUGUGGAAGCCAGCCGGUCAACCCUCUGCUACUUGGGAGCCGCACAAGAUGUGUUGGUGGAGGGAGUUUUCUGGACUUUAAUAUUCUACCCAAUGUCCGCACUGCUCUGUAUAUUUUGCAGUAUUCUCCAGAACCCACUGGAUCCACGCUCUCGCGAUGAUUUGGAUCACUUGAAGAUGGCCUCUUUCAUGAUGGCUGGCUUCUUCUCCAGAAAUCUACCCGAGAACGAGGUUGAGCAUUUGAAAAUGGUGGCUGAGUUUGUCACUGAACUGAAGCGGCUAGCUGAAUGUGCAAUUGACAAGGCAUGGCGAGAGCAGAGCGGCAGCUUACAUUUGACAUCAUGA